AUGGCGGAGAAAGUUUCGGCGGCUUCGGAGCGGGCGCGGGGCUCCGGCCACGUCGGCUCCUCUUGCUCCGGCUCUUCCUCCGGCUCGGAAACUCUCUCCGAGGAAGGAGAGCCCGGCGGCGGGGCGGCGACGGCGCCCGGCGGGGCGAUGGCUUCUCCGGAGCCGGCAGUUCCCGGCGGGCGGGCAGAGGACGACGCCUCGCUGGAGGAGCGGGAUGAAGAGCUUGAUCACAUAUUGUCACCUCCACCUAUGCCUUUCCGGAAAUCCAGUAGUCCUGAAGUGUCUUCUGGCCUUGGAAAAUCUCCUAAAUUUAAGAGGCAGUUGAGUGAAGAUGGGAGACAGCUCAGAAGAGGAAGCCUUGGAGGAGCUCUGACUGGCAAAUAUUUGCUUCCCAGUGCAACUGGACAGCAGCUGUGGCAACCUACAGAAACCACUAAUCUUGUUCGGAUGCGCUACCAAACACUUGGACAGUCAGCACCUUCACUCACUGCUAGUUUGGAAGGGACGUCUCAGAAGAGUCAUUUCAGCUCAGCACGCCACCGUCAGAGACUAGUGGAAUCAUCAGCUACAAAAAAAGAGUUGAGCCUUCCAAGAAGAGGAAGUUUCUGUAGAACAAGCAACAGGAAGAGUUUGAUGGGCAGUAGCCAGUCUCCAGCUCUGCCUCGGCCUCAUUCACCACUCUCAGCUCAUACAGGAAACAGUCCUCAAGAUAGCCCUAGGAAUUUCUCUCCCAGUGCCUCAGCCCACUUUUCUUUUGCACGAAGUCAUGGGCAUCGAAAUGACAGGACUGAUGGUCGCCGCUGGUCUUUGGCUUCUCUCCCUUCUUCUGGCUAUGGUACAAAUACACCCAGUUCAACUGUUUCUUCAUCCUGCUCAUCCCAAGAGAAGCUACACCAGCUACCAUACCAACCAACACCUGAUGAACUGCAUUUUUUGUCUAAACAUUUCUGUACCACUGAGAGCAUUGCCAGUGAUAACAGGUGCAGGACCACUGCAAUGCGCCCUCGGUCCCGAAGUCUCAGCCCUGGACGUUCUCCUGCUUGCUGUGACAAUGAAAUAAUUAUGAUGAACCAUGUCUACAAAGAAAGGUUCCCAAAGGCCACAGCUCAGAUGGAAGAGAGGCUUCAGGACAUUAUAACAAAUCAUUCUCCAGAGAACAUCCUUCCUCUGGCAGAUGGAGUGCUCAGUUUUACCCACCAUCAGAUCACAGAACUGGCUCGAGAUUGUUUGGAUAAAUCUCACCAGGGCCUCAUCACAUCACGAUACUUCCUUGAAUUACAGCAGAAAUUAGACAAAUUGCUACAGGAGGCGCAAGAGCGAUCAGAGAGUGGAGAAAUGGCAUUUAUUAAACAACUUGUUCGAAAAAUCCUGAUAGUUAUUGCUCGUCCUGCUCGCUUACUGGAAUGCCUGGAAUUUGAUCCUGAAGAAUUUUACUAUCUGUUGGAAGCAGCUGAAGGCCAUGCUAAAGAGGGGCAAGGCAUUAAAACAGACAUCCCUCGAUAUAUUAUUAGCCAGCUGGGCUUAAAUAAAGAUCCUCUGGAAGAAAUAGCUCAGCUAGCUAAUUGUGACAGUGGGACAGCAGAAACUCUGGAAGCAGAUGAAUCAAUAAAUAGUUCUAAUACCUCACUGAAGCUGCAGAGGAAACCUCGGGAAAGUGAUUUUGAAACAAUUAAACUGAUUAGUAAUGGAGCAUAUGGUGCGGUUUAUUUUGUGAGACACAAAGAAACCAGACAAAGAUUUGCCAUGAAGAAAAUAAAUAAGCAAAAUCUCAUCCUCCGAAACCAGAUCCAACAGGCUUUCGUUGAGCGUGAUAUCCUGACAUUUGCAGAAAAUCCAUUUGUUGUCAGCAUGUAUUGCUCCUUUGAAACAAGACGUCAUUUAUGCAUGGUCAUGGAAUAUGUAGAAGGUGGAGACUGUGCUACUUUGAUGAAGAAUAUGGGUCCCUUACCUGUUGACAUGGCAAGGAUGUACUUUGCAGAGACUGUUCUGGCCUUGGAAUACCUUCAUAAUUAUGGAAUUGUACACAGGGAUUUGAAACCUGACAAUCUGUUAGUAACAUCCAUGGGCCAUAUAAAGCUUACAGACUUCGGCCUGUCGAAAGUGGGGCUGAUGAGUUUAACCACCAAUCUGUACGAGGGUCACAUUGAGAAGGAUGCCAGAGAAUUCCUUGACAAACAAGUCUGUGGUACACCUGAAUACAUAGCUCCUGAAGUGAUACUGAGACAGGGUUAUGGAAAACCAGUGGAUUGGUGGGCUAUGGGAAUUAUUCUUUAUGAAUUUCUAGUUGGAUGUGUGCCAUUCUUUGGAGAUACACCAGAAGAGCUCUUUGGACAAGUAAUCAGUGAUGAAAUCAACUGGCCUGAAAAGGAUGAAGCACCACCUCCAGAUGCCCAGGAUCUAAUUACUCUGCUGCUUAGGCAGAAUCCUUUGGAAAGACUGGGAACAGGUGGUGCAUAUGAAGUAAAGCAGCAUCAGUUCUUCAGGAGCCUUGACUGGAAUAGUCUGCUGAGGCAGAAAGCAGAAUUUAUUCCCCAGUUGGAGUCUGAAGAUGAUACAAGUUAUUUUGACACUCGUUCUGAGAAAUACCACCAUAUGGAAACUGAGGAAGAAGAUGAUACCAAUGAUGAAGAUUUUAAUUUAGAGAUAAGACAGUUUUCCUCAUGUUCACACAGAUUUUCAAAAGUUUUUAGUAGUAUAGAUCGAGUCAUUCAAAUUCAAGGUGAAGAAAAGGAAGAUGCAGGAGACAAAACAAAAAGUGUAGCACUGCCUUCUGUGGAAUCUUUAAGCUGGAGUUCAGAAUAUUCUGAAAUACAGCAAGUAUCUACAUCCGUUUCAUCUGAGACUGACAGUAGCCGGCAGCAACGCAGUUCUGGUUUGCUUCCAAAAUUGUCCGUAUCAGCUGAAGGAGAACAGGAUGAUUCCACCAGCUCACGGGGACCCCGUGAAGAACAGGAGAAGUCUGCAUUUGUGAGCGAGGAAAUAGUGCAAGAUGAACCUGAAGUAACCACUCCAGCAAGUACAAUCAGCAGUUCCACACUAUCAGUUGGCAGUUUCUCAGAACACUUAGAUCAAAUAAAUGGAAGAAGUGAGAGUGUGGACAGUACAGAUAACUCUUCAAAGCCAGCUGGUGAAGUUGCAUCUCACAUAGCUCGGCAGCGAUUGGAAAGCACAGAGAAAAAGAAGAUCUCUGGAAAAGUCACAAAGUCCCUUUCUGCAAGUGCAUUGUCCCUCAUGAUUCCAGGAGAUGUGUUUGGUGUUUCUCCAUUGGGAAGUCCUAUGUCUCCUCAUUCCCUGUCAUCUGACCUUUCAUCAUCCCGAGAUUCUUCUCCUAGCCGUGAUUCAUCAAUUGCUGCUGCAAGUCCUCAUCAGCCGAUUGUAAUUCACAGUUCAGGAAAAAAGUAUGGCUUUACUAUCCGAGCAAUCAGAGUUUAUGUAGGUGACAGUGAUAUCUACACCGUGCACCACAUCGUUUGGAAUGUGGAAGAAGGAGGUGCAGCUUACCAAGCAGGUUUAAAAGCUGGAGACCUGAUUACUCAUAUCAAUGGAGAGCCAGUGCAUGGUCUUGUUCAUACAGAAGUCAUUGAAUUGUUGUUAAAGAGCGGCAACAAAGUCUCAGUAAUGACAACUCCUUUUGAAAACACUUCCAUCAAGACAGGACCUGCCAGGCGGAACAGCUACAGGAGCCGAAUGGUUAGGCGCAGUAAGAAGACCAAGAAGAAGGAGAGUUUAGAGAGGAGAAGAUCUCUCUUUAAAAAGCUGGCAAAGCAACCCUCACCUCUUCUUCAUACAAGCAGAAGUUUUUCCUGCCUGAACCGAUCACUUUCUUCAGGAGAGAGCUUGCCUGGCUCUCCAACCCACAGCUUAUCUCCUAGAUCUCCUACCCCAAGCUACCGUUCCACUCCUGAUUUUCCAUCAGGUACUAACUCUUCCCAGAGUAGCUCCCCUAGUUCCAGUGCUCCCAAUUCUCCAGCUGGUUCAGGGCACAUAAGACCCAGCACUCUUCAUGGUUUGGGUCCAAAGCUUGGUGGGCAAAGAUACAGAUCAGGAAGGCGCAAAUCAGCUGGCAGCAUUCCCCUUUCUCCUCUCGCACGGACACCUUCUCCAACACCCCAGCCAACAUCUCCUCAGCGGUCUCCAUCACCAUUGCUGGGACAUUCAAUUGGAAAUACAAAAAUAGCUCAGUCCUUUCCUAGCAAAAUGCACUCACCUCCAACUAUUGUGAGGCAUAUUGUCAGGCCAAAGAGUGCAGAGCCACCAAGAUCUCCACUGUUAAAGAGAGUUCAGUCUGAAGAGAAACUUGCACCCUCUUAUGGCGGUGAUAAAAAGCACUUAUGUUCACGAAAACACAGUCUGGAAGUGACCCAGGAAGAAGUGAAUAGAGAAUUGUCUCAAAGAGAAGUAACUCUUCAGAGCUUGGAGGAGAAUGUAUGUGACGUGCCAUCACUGACACGAGUCAGGCCUGCAGAGCAGGGCUGCUUGAAACGACCCAUCUCCCGAAAAUUGGGUAGACAAGAAUCCAUUGAUGAGCUAGACAGAGAGAAGUUGAAGGUCAAGGUAGUUAUGAAAAAGCAAGAUUUUGCUGAAAAAGCAAAUGCUGUUGUACAUGAACCUAGCAGUGAACCAGAAAAUCCCAAUACCUUAAGACUGGAAGAAAGAGACAAAAAAGCAUUCCAGAAGGUAUUAGAAAGAUCAAGCCAAUUUGAAACAAAAAUUCUUACUGUGGAGACCCAGUCAGCUGGUGGCAUACUCAAAGACACCCUUCAAAAGAAUGCAAACUUGAGAUCAAAUGAUGGUGUUGCUUUCGAAUCACAGCUCUUGUGUCGUGGGCCUCCCCCUAAUGAACUCAGUCAUAUUUCCUACGACUUCAAAAGAAUUUCCCCUUCAUGUACCCUGCAAGAUGUGCUACCUCAGUCUUCUGACAAGAUACUAAAUGGAAAGGGAGAAAGCACAGAUAAAACUGUACCAACAAAAGAAUUUGUCAAAUUUGAGAGAUUAGAUGGUAAACUUGGAAAUAUUGAUUAUCUCAGAAAGAAAAUGUCUACUGAAGAAAAAGAUGACAGUGUCUGUCCAUUGCUAAAACCUAAGAUGACAUCUAAUGUUCAUGAAUGCCUUCAGCUUAGUACCGGCAGACCUGUAAAUAUACAGCAGGACUCCACUGCAGUUGCAGAUGGUAGAGCAUUUAUUGGCAGUGCACAUGCUGCUCAGAUUAACUCAGUUUCUUUUGUUCCUCUGAAGACCUUAAGUGGCCGAGCAGACAUGAGCAUGGAAAAGUCAGCCCUUAUUUCCACUGAAGCUCCUGUCAGAAAAAGUCCUUCAGAAUAUAAACUCGAUGGGAGGUCUGUUUCCUGUCUGAAGCCAAUAGAAGGCACACUAGAUAUUGCAUUACUUUCUGGGCCACAGGCUUCAAAGACUGAGCUGCCUUUGUGUGUAAUGCCAGAAGGAGAAAGUACCAGCAGUGAUGGGGGAUCUAAAUCCCCAGUGCCACAAGGGAGUGGUGGGAAGGCAGAAAUGGUCUCUCAGAAAGAGCAGUUGUUAAGCUACUCAAAAUCUGGCAAAGUCAACAUAGCAGAACCUCAGGUUCUACAAGUAGGCAAGAGUUCUCCAAAUCCACCAUUCAUCCCUGUGGCUACAGAAGCAGUGACAGAGAAAAGGGUUUCUAGUCCAGCCACUAAAGGUAGUAUUUCUGUUGUUGAAGCUGCUCAGAAGAAAGAUACCUCCCCUUCAAAACAGAGGGACCUUUCAGUGGAGGUAAAAUCUUGUGUUACUCAAAGUCAGAGUUUUAAAACUACUCAGACAUAUUCCAAACCUUCUGCUGGCCAUAGCACUCCUGAAAAAGCGGUAGGAAAAGAGAAGCAAAUACAGAGAGAGUUGCAUGUCAAACAGCCAGUAGCCCAGAGAGGUUGUGAGCCUAUCCCUGCGAAGGUGGAAGUGAUCAGGGAGUCAUCUCUGAAGGUUUCUGUCUCAGAUGUCCUGAUAACAACCUGCUCUAAGAGCAAUGAAAAAAAUCAUGCUGACUUUGCCAUUCCACUUGAGAUGCAAGGAAAAACGCAGUCAGCUGGCCCCAAGGCACAACCUAAGGAAGGCAGAGAAUCGCAGAAGCAGCAAGGUAAAGAUGACAGCGGUGUUUCUAAAAGUUUUGUGGAAAGAGACAUAACCAAGCAGAAAGCUGAGUCUAAGAAAGUUAUCACAGAGGCAAAGAGUGAUGUUCUUCCAUCCAAAUGGCCCGUGCAACCCUCAAGAGAUUGUGAUCAUAAAACUGAGAAGUCUGCACCAGUUUCCUCUGUUCAGAAGGACAGUGCUAAAGAUACAGGAAAGAAAGAUCAGAAAUCACUCACCGAUACAAAGCUUCAAACUAGUGAGAGAGAGCAGUCCAGCCAAGCUCCUCGGCAGCAACUUAGCACUUCAGGCUCCCCUGCUGUGAAAGAGGCAGUAAGCAGACACAGCACUAUGGAAGUUCAUGUAGGGAUUCAAGAACACGUGAAGCCUGCUGCCACUUGUGUGGAAAGCAGCAGUAAUAAACCCAGGCCAACCUCUGAUACAAGCUCGUCCAAGUCGUUGGAUAAACAGACAUCGUCACAAAAACCAUGUGCUCCAACCAUGAAAGAAAAAGAAAUUGUUACUCAAUUGUCUUUCAGCUCCCGGAAGGAUGGAAAACAUGCCAGUAAAAGUGUCCUAGAUCAUCUUUCUCCUGUUACAGGCUCUUCAAGAAAAAUGAACAAUGAACAUGUGCAGGCUGAAAGGCCUUUGGGUUUGGACCAUGGCUCGCUGACCACCCUCCAAAUGAGCAGCACAGCCCCUGACACCAAACUGAAAUCUUCUGCAGUGGGCCCACUGCCAGCCAGCCCAGAAAGUUCCAAGCAGGUGCAGAGGCAGGAUGCAGCAGGCUUGGGGGAAUCUGCUGAUCCAAAGCAACUUCGUUUCAGUGAAAAACAAACCACUGCUCCAAAGUUUUCCACUGUUGAAGACUGUCUCUCACUGAACAAAGAGGCAGACAGAAGUCCUAGUAAUGAGAUGAUCGCUGCAGACAAAAGACCUGAAGGAAAAAUAUGCACUGAUGCACUUUAUGUUCAGCUAGACAGUGGGAAAGUGGAGCCUACCCUUUGUCUCACAGCCUGUGAUAUCAGAGGGAAAGGAACAGAAAAAGCAACCACAAGUAGCAAAAUCUCUCAAGAUAUAAAAGGGAAGGGACAAGUUAAUCAGAAACAGCCAGAGGAUGCAAACAAGCAGACUGCAAUAAAACAUCUACCGACUGCCAGUGGGCAAAGUUCUUGUCGUGUGGCUGCAGCACCAGGAAAGUCAAUGACUUGUUCAUCCAAUUUCUCUGAAGGUAGACAGGAAGUAUCUGUUUUGUCUUCAGCCAAAAGCGAUGCAUCUUCAGCAAAGGUUAAACCAGGCUCAUCAGAGCUUCCUGCAACUUGCAAGGAACUAAAUAAGAAAAGCACCUCUUCCACAGGGAGCAGUAAGGCAGAAAUGACUAAGAGUGUUUCACUGAUGGCCUUGCACAGUGCUGCUGUUGUAGCAGAACCCCACCACCCUGCUUCAAACCUUGGGGGGAAACCUGGAAAUCAAGAAAAGUCUCUUUUCAUUAACACUGUGGAUGUAAAGGGAAAAGAUGCUGUUGUGACUCAGCAGUCUGCUUCAAGAAAACAGAAUGUAGGUAAAGAUUUAUCUAGGUCAGCAGCCACACCUGACCGCCCUAACGCACUUUCAGAUGACAAAGACUCAGCUCGGCGUCGAGGAAAGGAAGUUUCACGGAGCAGUGCUCACAAAAAAACGUGUUAACUCUUAAGACCUGGCAAGUGUGAAUUCAACACUAGUGGAAACAAUUCCAAUACGUUGUACUGCCUUUAAACCAGCACUGUGUCGUGUCUUUGUGCGGCAAAGCUUUCAUGUCACUGAAGAAACAAUACAAGGGGAUAUGUAAAGAGAGGACUUCUUUUCAAAAUGCCUUUCCAAUUGUAACCGGUAAAACUGUUACCACAUAGUAUUUGUACAAAAAUACCUUUACAGCCUAGAGCUCUUGAAAAUACUUCUGUAAAUACUUAGCAAUGUGUCUGGGGUUUGAAUGUAGCAUAUAUACUUUGCUGCUGGUUGCGUUGUUUACUCUUUCCCUUUUUAAGAUAGUUGCUUUGCCACGUAUUUGCCAUACUCGAAUAUGAAACCAAAUUGCUAAUAUUCAGACCUGGCAUGGAAAUGCGCAAGCACUGGUCUGACUGGUAAAAAAAAACAAAACAAAAAAAAAAAAACAGGCCACAUUUUUACUUACUACAAAUCCCAGAUAGAGGCUAAAAAAUACUAGUACAGAAUAAUACAGUGACCUGUUGCGAGUUUUUAUGUGUAUUUUUAAUAAUCUGAUUUUGAUAGUACUGUACUUGGCUGACUGCUUCACCAGAUCUAACACGAGAAAUAACUCUUAUCUCCCUGCUACACAAAGUCUGGCUAGAGUAGAUGUCCUUAAAGCUAUGGAAAGACCACUUAAUUAUCAGGGCAUCCCAGCAAGAGUUGUGUUCUCUGGUGAAAUGAUGUUUCUUGUCUUGUCUCUUGGGAGUGUAUUGUGUGACUUUCACCUCAGACAAGGCUGAAAUUCUGAAGCACGUGCCAUGUGCUUAAUUUUUGCUGCAAUCCUCUCGAGUUCCUUGAGCUUUUUUAAAUUCAGGCCCUUACAGUGUGAGGCACAAAUAUAAGCACAUGACUGGUAGUACUAUGUUCAUCCCUGUUCUUAAUACAUUUAGAGAAUACAUUGUGGCAUAUAGGUUUGUUUAAUUAGUGUCAUACGGCUGGUAGCUGUUUUCUAUUUCAUGACAUAAGGUAAAAAGGAAAAAUACACUUUGGUAUCAUAUCUUUAAAAAAGUUUAGGCUAUCUGACACAUUUUAAUACAUAGCUGGGGCCUUAUGUUGUAGAUUUAACUUGCUGUUUUUAGCAAGUAAUCCCAGGUUUCAUAUUCAUUUUGAAAUGCAUUGAGUAGCUCCAUACAUUUCAAAACAUAAUCUUUUUAUUUGUAUGCAAAAAAAUUCAAUACUGUAAUUAUAAAAGAAGCAUUUUUUAACAAAGGAACUUGUUGGAGCUAUUUGGUGCUAGAAUGUUACUGUCUUUUUACUUUUGCUAAGCCUUAUUUAAAUUUUGUAUACAGUGGAACAUGUAGACUUUGAUCAUUUUUGUGUGGAGUAUUUAGCCUGUUUUGAGGGAUGAAAGGUAAAAUUUGAAACAUGUACAGAAGCACUACGAAAUACCCUUGCAGGCGCAUGGGUUUUAAUAACUGGGGAUCAAUAGAAUGGUCGUUUUGCUUAUUUCUGUUUUCUGUAACCACAGUAGAGCUAGGCCCCUACCUUUUUCACCAAUGCUUAUAGUUUGUCUUUCUGUCUCAAAAGCUAGAAAACUUUUCGUAAAAGCACAGUGUAAUCUUGACUCAGAGACUUGUGUGACAACAGACAGUGUGCAGAAUUCAUUUCCCUCUGCUGAAAACUUUAUUAUACUGAUUUGUUGAGUUGGAUUACAGCAAACCUGUAAGAAAAAUCCAGUAACGCGAACAACUCCUGAUUUUUCCUGUGGCACUAGAACAUUCAUACUGCCUUUGAUGCAUUCAGAAAGGAGCUAGUAAGCAGUGGAUAAUAAGUUUUGAGAAGUCUCAAAAAUAAAAUGGUCUCAACAUUUACAGUUCAUCUGUGCUUUGGCAGUUAAUACAAAUGAAUGCUAAUGCACUUCAAAAUAACAUUUCUGUCUGGGAGAUAGUUCCUAGUUUACAGUCUCUGCAUUUUUUCAGCUAUCCUCUUGUUUCUUUUAAAACACAUCUAGCUUUUGUUUACAGUAUGCCUUUAUGAAUAUUUUGUAUUAUCACUUCUGACAAAUAAGUUCUUUGCAUUUUGGAAGUGUAAAAGUGCAUAAGCUUGUGUUUAUGUAGUAACUGUUUGUUGGUGUUUACCUUAUAAGUGAGAUGUUAGAGAUCUUCCUGCCUGUGUUCUUCUUGGUCAGUCUUAAUGUGAUUAUAGAUCUGAUGUGUUCUUUUGUAGACUUCCUGCAGUAGAUUUCUCAGCUUACAAAAAAAAUUAAAAAGUUUAAAAAAAAAUUGUUAGGGUCUGUGCAAUAAAGUGUUUGCAGUCUUAUUUUCU